CCUCCAUGAUUGAAGCUGCAGUCUGGAUCGUUCUCGUGAAGAUUUAUUAUUUUAAACACGAAGAAUAAAGAGACUCAACAAACAGUGAACAAAGUUCUUUAAGAGAAGUUACUCAACAAACACUGAUUCUAGCUGCCGUGCUCCUAUUGGUCGGAGUGUAUCAGCUGACGCGGAGCGGCGGGUCAUGUGACAGCUGACAUGUGACCACGGUCUCGCGGACAGCAGGAAGAUGCUGGAGGCUCCGCGGCCGGAGAUGAGGAGCCCCAUCGCGGUGGCAGUGAUCCCCGAGACCCGCGAGGAGGUGGCGGACAUCCGCAGAGCGCAGCUGGCUCCUGGAGGCUCCCUGCUCGGCUGUCUGCUGCCGGGGGCCCCGGGCCGGCUGCUGCUGUGGGACCCGGGGGACAGAGACGCUCCUCCGGCGGCUGUGGACGGAUCCUACUCCGAUUUUUCCUGGGAGGAGCAGAGCGUCCACAGUCGGGGCGUCAGCAGACUUCUGGCUGUUGGAUCUCAGUGUGACCUGAAGCUGCUGGAGGUGGAGGCUGAACGAUCAGCCGCCGUCUCUCUGCUCUGCGUCUCUGAAUGUUCUGCAGACUUCCUGCUGCAGACUGUGCGGCGGCAGGACCCCAGUGUGUUGAAGCUACAGUCGCUGCGUCUGUUGUCGUUCGCCGCCGGCCGCUGCUGCGUGCUGCUGAAUGAUGAUUGGCUGCUGCAGCUGCAGUGGCAGCAGAUGGAGGCGGAGCCACAGAUAUUAACCUGCUGCAGCAUCCAGCCGACUGAUGGCGUCAGACACGAAGCUGUCAAUCACUGUGUCUGCAGAGACACGCUGUUCACCCUCAGCUCCACUGGAGUCAUCUCUGUGUUCAGUAUCUCUGCCGGCGAUCUGCUGGCCAGCGUUGAUAUCCCUCUCUACCUGAGCUCCGACCUGGAGGAGGACGAUGUUGUCUCCUCUGCUCCAACCUUCUCCUCCUCCUCCUCCUUCAGCCUCCUCCAGGUGUCGGCCGACCUCAGCACAGCCGUCGCCGUCACUCAAUCCCGCGCUGCUGUUGGCGUUGACCUCGACCACUACUUCAGGAUGUAUCCAGACCACCUGAUCUGUGCCGUCCCACCUGCUCCACCCGACCUCAGGCCUCUGAGAGACCAGGACAGUCUGUCGAGCUGCAGCCUCGCCGCCCUCGGAUCGACCUUCAGCACUGACCGUUCCUGGGAAGCUCAUCUGGCCUCCAUGUACAGCAGAGCUCAGCAGGCUCCGCCUCCCCCCUCCUCCUCCUCUUCCUCCUCCUCCUCCCAGCCCGCCGGGAUGUCCUGGUCCUCCUCCCUCCCCCACCUGGAGUCCCACCAGGCUCCUUCCUCGGCCCACAGUAGAGUCCCUAGCGGCGGUGCAACCAUCGACUUUGCUGUCCCUGACUCAUCUGCUCCGUGUCUGCUCGCUGUCUCCGAGUUCUCUGCCUUGCUGACCUUCGUCUCCCCCGGCAACAGGCUGACCACAGUAGCCUCGUGGGAUUUCGACUCCGGGAGUGUGGGCUACCACCAGGAGGAGGACGAGGCGGCUCCACUUCUGCGCUGUGGAGAGAGACAGCACAGACUACUGCUGAAGAAGGCCGGCGUCUUCCAGGUCUUGUUCUCCGUUUCCCAGCAGGACUUGCUCAGCAGGUUGAUGCUGUUCGGCAGUGCAGCCACAGUGGAUGCAGUGUGUCACCUGAACAGCUGGGGGCGCUGCUCCAUCCCCAUCCACGCCCUGCAGGCCGGACUGAAGAACCGUCAGCUGGACACGGUCGAUUUCUACCUGAAGAGCAAAGAAAACGUUCUGAACCCGUCAGCGGCGUCAGGUGCUGCGGAUCAGCUGACGGCCUCCACACCGAGCCUGUCCGACUGUGUCCAGGAGUUGUGUCCUGCGUUGGACCUGCUGUGUUCGGCCGUCAGAGACUCAAACAGUGAAGCUCAGAGUCGACAGUUUUCAGAACAGUUGCUCAACUUCACCUUGAACUUCGUCAACACACAGAUCCGCUCUGUGCUGUCCAGCUCACACUACGAGGAAGCAGGUGUGCAGAGCUGCGUGGACGUUCUGGACCGCUACGUCACUGAACUGAGGAGCUACAUGAAGAGAUAUCCCUGGCCUGCAGGGGGCGAUGUCUCCAGCACCGACUCUGCUGCUCCAGCUCUGCAGGAGGCGACGCUGGAGGACGAAUGGGAGCAUCUCCCGACAGAGGAACUGGUCCAACAAUCCAUCCUGACCAAUCAGAUCCCCAGAGCUCAGGCCAUCCUGAGGAGGCGGAGCCGCCCGGAGCAGCACCUGUCGGCUCUGAGGAUGGAGGGUCUGCGGCAGGUCUUCUCUCGCCUGCAGCAGCGAGACGCGCAGACCGCUAACGCUCUCCUCGUCAACAUGGGUUUCAGUGUGAAGAAGCAGCUCCACAGUUUCUGUCUUUACACCGACGACAAACACCUGAGGGAGUUUGUGGUGGAGGAGCUAUCGAGGCGGAGUUAUUUUACAGAGGAGGAGAUGCAGAGUGUGACGUUCAUCAGGGAGCUGGAGAAGCUGGGAUCAGUGUUUCCAUCUCGCUGCCCUGCGGACGCCACAGGGCUCAGCGGCGUUCAGAUGGUUCAGAGGGAGACGGGAGGCGGGGACGAGGAGGUCCUGGGGGAGCUGGUGGGACACAGGUGGUCAGAUGAGGAGGCGGGGCUCUGGCAGAACGUCAGAUUGGACUGGGUGAGGAACUGGGACCAGAGCGGUCAGACCGCCGUCCUCCUGUCCCGACUGCAGCACACAGAGUUAAGCUCCUGUGACCCUGCCGUGUUGUGGCGUUACCUCACCGCCCUCCACGACCAGCAGCGGGUGGUCGACUGGAUCCAGAACCGGGAGACCGCUGGCGCCUCCCUGUGGCCGGAGUUGGUUCCAGAGCUGGUGAACAACAACACACUGUGCAGCACGUACAUGAGGGAGAACAUCCUGGACCUGCUGGCCAGACGAGGCCGGUUCAUCCCGGAGGAGCUGGCAGAUUUAGAGAAGCUGCUGUGGCGGCUGGCUCAGGGGGGAGGGGUGAUGGCUUCGUCUCCGCCCGUCCCUCAGUACCGCUCGUCCCUCGGCCUCGACCUCCACAGCCUCGUCAUCACCUUCUGUGUGGAUCACAACCUGAAGUACCUGCUCUACACCUACCUGGAGCACUACAGAUUGACUCCAAGGAACUGCCCCCUCCUGACCAAUCAGAGCCUGUCUGAGAGUCAGCCCUGGUUGGAGAUGAUGGUGAAGAUCCAGGAGAUCACCAGGGAUCUGUCAGACCCACGACUGCUCUUCCAGGCCUGUUUGACCAGCGCUCAGGUUCUGUUGCCGGGCAGUCAGGCGUCUCUCAGCAGCCUCCUGCUGGAGGGACACAGUCUGCUGGCUCUGGCUGCCGUCAUGUUCGCCCCUGGAGGAAUCGACCAGGUGGGGCUUCAGGGGUCAGGCAGGUCAGGGAAGACAGUUGACCCUCAACUUCUGAAGAUGGCGCUGGCUCCCUACUCCAAACUGAAGGCUGCCCUGUUCCCCACCGGGCCCCGGGGACACAGCCCGUCCUCAGAUGUCUCUGUUUACCAUCUCCUGCAGUCGCUCCAUCCCCUGGACCCGUCCCGGCUGUUUGGCUGGCAGGUGGCGAACGCCCUCAACUCCACCGAGACGUCGGAGCUGCCUCACUUCUCCAGCCCUCACCUGGUCAACAAGUUCGCUCUGGUGGAGAACCUGGACUUCCUGUACUACCUCCGUCACGGCCGACCUUCCUUCGCCUACGCCACGUUCCUCGUCCAGCAGCUGAGCAGCUGCAGCGACAUGAAGCUACUGUGAGUUCUG